UACUCCGCUCAUGUCAGGGGCGUCGUACAAGCGUGGUGAGUGCACAAAACUCCCACAAACACAGAGGUUGGUUCUGAGGAGAGAGAAGAGAAGUUAAGACAAUCUUAUUCUGGUCACCAUGGCAGGGAGGAGGAAACUUCUGCUUCUGGCUCUGCACCUGUCGUCCAUCUUGGCGCUGUCAGAAUCCUCGUGCUCCAAGGGAUUUAAUUUUGUGAACGGCGACUGCAUUGACGAAGAUGAGUGUGCCACUGAUGAAGACUACCCUGAUGACACUGGACCAUGUGGAGUGAACGCAAAUUGUUACAACACCAUUGGCAGCUUCUUCUGCAAGUGUGACAAUGGUUUCCAAACCAGCAUAAAGUCAAGCAAUUUUACUGCCGAAUCAUCUUUAAUGUGUCGCGAUAUAAAUGAAUGUUUGGAGAAUAAAGACGUCUGUACAAGACUGCAAAACUGUAUUAACACCAUUCCAAUGUACUACUGUGCUUGCAAUGAGGGAUUCGUUGCCAAUGUUAACUCUGACUGUGAUGAUGUGGAUGAGUGUCUGAAGGAAAAUAUCUGUGGGCCUAAUGCGAAGUGCAUCAACACGCCUGGCAGUUAUUACUGCAUUUGCAACGACGGCUUCGGAAGCAAGUCUGGCAGAGACAACUUCACGUUACCUCGAGAGCCAUGUGAAGCCGUAUGUUCGACUGAUGAGACAAACCACUGUGGAAAUGGAACCUGCCACAUUGGAGCCAGCGGCCCUUACUGUGCGUGCCACGCAGGGUUCACCAAUUACGGCCACAAAGCCGCCCGCUGCACGGCAUUCGAUUGUGAUGUGUUCAAAAACACGGAGGAUCUGAAAGAGAUCGUUCCCAUUGCACAUGAUCUGAUGAUGCAGCUGGAAAGAAGUUGUGAGGACCUGACCAAGGGUGAGGAUCCACAAGCCUUGGAUGACCAGGACCUGCUUUCGAGGCUUUUGGCGAUCAUGGACUACAUCUUGUCCACUAAAGCUCUUGAUGACAACAGGAAGGUGUCCAUCUUUCUGGACACAGUGGAGAGUGCGCUGAGAAUGACGGGACCUUUCAUUAAAGCCCCUAGAAUAAGGAGAUCCUCCGCCUACAUAGAACUGGAGCUGCUUUCACACAAAGGACCCACGUCACCCCAGGGAGUCGUGACAUUAUCAACUAAGCCAGUCAUGUUGAAUAUCCAGUUGGAAACAGUCGCCGGAGAUCCUUCCCAGUACCCAGGCUUCGCGAGCGUCUUCUUGCUCAGCUACGCCAACCUGGAGACCUUCACCGACAGAUUUUACAGCGGGAUGAAUCCGCAGGCCAACCAAAGCUUCGUCAUCAACUCCAAAGCGGCGACCGUCUCGGUCACUAACGCCGACACAAGUCACCUGGAAGAGCCGGUCAUGCUAACUUUUCACCACUUGACACAGGUAAACGGGUCUCGCCACGUGUGUGUGUUCUGGGACGCCUCCCGGGGGAACGGGAGCUGGUCCGCCGACGGCUGCGCAACGGUGGAGUCCAACUCCCAAUUCACCGUGUGCUCCUGCAACCACUUGAGCACAUUUGCCGUGCUCAUGGCCCUCUACGACGUAGAGGCCACGUUCGAGUUGCAGGUGGUGACCUGGGUGGGAUUGUCCCUGUCGCUGAUUUGCCUGCUCAUCUGCAUCCUGACCUUCUCGCUCAUCCGCUCCAUCCAAAGCCCUCGGACCACCAUCCACUUGCACCUGUGCGUCAGCCUCUUUGUGGCCGCCCUCAUCUUCCUCGUGGGCAUCUCUCGCACAGAGAACCAGAGUACCUGCGCAGUGAUUGCCGGCCUGCUGCAUUUCUUCUUCCUGGCCGCGUUCUGCUGGAUGUGUCUGGAAGGCGUGCAGCUCUUCCGGAUGGUCAUCCUGGUGUUCAACACCAACUUCCGGACCCUCUACAUGAUGGCGGGCGGCUACGGUGUCCCGGCUGUGAUCGUCGCCAUCUGCGCUUCGGUCAACCCCAGAGGAUACGGCACCCGGAGAUAUUGUUGGUUGAAAGUGGAUUUUAUUUGGAGUUUUUUGGGCCCGGCUUGUGUCAUCAUUGCCAUCAACAUUUUCUUCUUUCUCAUCACCGCGUGGAAGUUGGCCCAGAAAUUCUCAAGUCUAAACCCUGACAUGAAUACCUUACAAAAAAUAAAGGCUUUCACCGUCACUGCAGUCGCCCAGCUGUGCGUGCUGGGCACCACGUGGAUCUUUGGCUGCUUCCAAUUUGAGGAGAGCACCACGGUCGUGUCGUACCUGUUCACCAUCUUCGCCAGCCUCCAGGGCCUCAUGCUGUUUGUGAUGCACUGCCUGUUCUCCAAGCAGGUAAGGGACGAGUAUGGAAAUUUCCUGUCCAGAUUCAGUGCACCACCUAAGAAAAACUACUCUGAAUUCAGCUCGGUUUCCAGCAGACAGCACGCGUCCGCGAGCAGCCGGGACACAGGAGAGUCGCACAUCUGAGGAGACAAACUCUCAUUUCUCCAUCAUGUGUACUCCAACAAGCGCUGGCCAGCUGUCUGUUGAUUAAUCCACUGUAGUAUUCUUCUUUAUGAAUGUUGCCACUGCAUUAUAAGCGACUGACAUGGAAAUGUUGAGCGUUAUGAUGCCAUUUAAAGUCGGUUUUCUGUCGGCAAAAUUGAGAAAUGAAUCUGGUCAAAUGAGCUAAUUUCAACCUCCGGUGUAUAAUGUGCAAUAUGCACGUUUCUUACAUUUAUGUGUGAAAGUAGAUUCAAACCAAAAAGAAACUAAGACCUGUUUUGUCAGGUGCAUCGAUCCAGGUACUGUAACUUGCUACCCAAAACAAUCUAAAAUAUAUAUAUUGAUAUUUAUUAAAAAAUAAAUCUGUAUAACGUGUCAGACUUAAUUACGUUGUAUGAUAUUGCCCCAGAAAACGGAGGACAAAUUAGCAGAGAUUUCCAACAAGCUGUAGUGGAAUUCACUAUUGUGUUUUCCUGCUCCACUCAUUGUGCUGAAAUGUACUGUAUAUAUUUACGAGGUGUGAAAACAUUUUUUUUUAUCUCCAGGAUUUCAUUUGUGUGUUGUUUAUAAUACAGAAUAAAAGAAUCAUA